AACCCUGUUACCCCUUGCGCCGUGAGAUGAUUAAAAUUGGACACAUCACCGAAGAAACUAUCAAGGCCGAGUGAGAAUCGAAGGUGUGCCCUAGCGCCUUGAGCCGCCGUCGUCCUCGUUACCGCAGCUCGCAGCCGUCCUCUUGUCUGACUCUGUUGCUCAAUCUCAUAUCAGGUUUAGGGUUUAGCUACGGUUUUCUUAGAGAUGAGAGGGAUUCAGUUACAGUUAAGUCAAACUCAGAAGGUCCGUCUACAGAAGGCUCUAGAACAACUUGAAUCUCUAUCUUCCAAGGUCAAUUCCGAUGCUUCCGUAACCAUAGCUGAUUCUAUCCCCGUCAACCAUGAAGAUGGCGUACUCAAGGGACACGGAACCACCGACCUCAACGGCGAAGUUGUUGCCACUCUCUGCGGUGUUGUUGAGCGUGUUAAUAAGCUCGUAUAUGUCCGCUCCUUGCGCUCAAGGUAUAAGCCCGAGGUUGGUGACAUUGUUAUAGGCCGUGUUGUUGAGGUUGCUCAGAAGCGUUGGAGAUUGGAUAUUAAUUACAGUCAAAAUGCUUAUCUGAUGCUUUCUGCUAUGAAUAUGCCCGAUGGUGUACAGAGGCGAAGGACAGCUUUAGAUGAGCUAAAUAUGCGCUGUAUUUUUGAGGAGAUGGAUGUCAUUUGUGCUGAAGUUCGUGGUUUCCAGCAUGAUGGCUUACACCUUCAAGCAAGAAGUCAAAAAUAUGGAAAGCUUAGUACUGGUCAACUGCUUACUGUCCCUCCGUAUUUAGUGAAGAGACAGAAACAACAUUUCCAUCAUCUAGAGCAGUAUGGUAUUGAUUUAAUUAUUGGCUGUAAUGGAUUCAUAUGGGUUGGGGAACAUGUCGAAGCUAGAGAUGACAUGGUAGAAGAUCAAGUGAACCAAACUGAUCCACAAGUUUUAAUUCCCAAUAAAGAUUCUGUCAGUUUUGAAGAACAAGAGAAAAAUUAUACGGCAUUGGAGACAAGAAAAUACAUAUGCAGGGCUGCCAAUGCUGUUAGAGUAUUAUCUAGUUUAGGAUUCAUUAUAACACUGGAGAUCAUCAAAGGAGUUUUUGAACUAAGUCUUUCUUCUAAUCUUGAUAUACACGACAUGCUUGGUUCUGAGUUUUGUGUUCUGGUUGCCGAAAAGGAGGCGGAAAGGAGAAGCUCAAAUAAAAAGAAGCGGUAGAUUGUGAAAUCGUGGCUAUAAAGCCAAGUUUUAUUAUUCCUUUGCGCACCUGCUUAGGAGUAAACAAGAGGAAAAGAAUCAUUCUAAUUGUAUCAUGUCAUUCUUCAAUGGUGUUCGAAGACCUUUUCCUACUUUGUAGGGCGCCCCUUUAAGUUGGUUAGACUUGUUAUUCAUGUUAAAGUUGUUGCACCUACGGGAAAUGUGGGGUGAACUGAUUUUCCGAUCAGUCAUUGUCACCAUGCUUUUCAGGAUUGGCACCCACCAGCCCAUGUCUGUAUUCUUUUUAUGGGUUGUUUUUGGAUCUUCCUUUUGUAUACUGAAUUGUGGCAAAAAUUAGAAUUGAUUUUUCAUACUUUUUUUUCUUCUAUCAUUGUAAACGUGGACCAAAGUUUUAUGGACCUGUUUAAACUACAUUGGUCUUGGCUCUUUAAAUGUGGUUUAUUAUCUCAAA